CCUGGAUUUCAGACAGCCUGCGCCACGAAACAUGGCUUGCUGCUCUUUCCGUCUUGUUGGUUUUCAUUUCAUUCUAUUUCACUUUAUUCACUUUCUUAAGCGUAUCAAGCGUAUCUCUUUUAGAGAUAAAGUCUAUCUCCAUACCAUGCUAGCAUCGGCUGAGGCCGCUCCGGUUUCCCAGGAACAUAGUCAGGAUGCCGACGAGAUGGACUGCGUUCCAACGUUUUCGGAUAAGACGCCGUGGAAGAGUUUUAUUAUUAUACUGGACCACCCGUACGACUACUGCAAGCUUGACUAGCUAAAUUGUACUGUAGCUGUGGCUCGGUUUGUGAUAUGUAUAGUUCAAAGUAAAUUAUUUGGGCCAGCUCGGGGGCAUUGCCC